UUGAAUUUGCCAAGUCAAUCAUCUACAAAAUCAAAAUGCGUGUUUUCUUCCUCGUCGUUCUGCUCGCCUUGGUGGCCCUGUCUGCUGUCCAAGGACGUCGUCCUCCAGGACCUCCGUUUGGAGGACCACCCCAGGGACCACCCCAGGGACCUCCUGAGGGACUUCCCCAGGGACCCCCGCAAGGACCUCCCCAGGGACUACCGCAAGGACCUCCUCAAGGCGGCAACUCAUCCUCCUCCGAGGACUCUUCCUCCCAGGAGGGCUCCAGCUAGGCAGCCGCCUAGGAACUCGAUCGCCGAGUCCUCCACAGAAAAACAUAUUCAAAUCUUUGAAUAAAGAUAUAUAUUCCGUUUAUUUCAAAACAAAA